AUGGCGUCUGGAUUCGGUGUCAAGGGUGGCCCAUCGCGCUGCUUUACGUUCUGGCAAGAGUUCCGCAAGUGCUACCUCACGUCCGAGUCGCCCAGCGACUGCGCACUCCCACGUGACGACUACCUCGAGUGCCUGCACCACACCAAGGAGCUUGAGCGCACACACCAGAUCCACGGCCGCAUGAUCCAGCUCCAGCAUGAAGAGUCGAAGCGUGCGCGCGACGUGGCGAAACACAGCAACGGCCUGAGCCUCGGUCUCAUCGACGUCGAUCAAGACACACAGGAGGCCCCGCAGGCAGCUUGA